CCCUGCAUCCAAUCCAAUCCAACCAAUCGUCUUCCUCCUCCGGCCGGGCCUUGACUUGCUUCGACUCCACCUUCUUCCUCCCAACCAAACCCCCCGCCAUUCUUCUGACUUGUGCCCCGCCCGCCAACCAACCCAUGCCUCGCCACGGCCGGCGAUGGGCGACUUCCCGCCGCCCUCUUCCCCUCUAUCCGACCGCCCGCUCGUGACUCCGCGCCGCCGCGAGCUCUCGUCCUCGGAGCCGCCCAGCGAGAGCGACUGGGACGGAUCCAGCCGCGAGGGCUCCCCCGACGCCGCCUCCACCUCCGCCUCCGGAGAGCUCGUGCGCCGCGCCGCCCGCCGCUGGAGCGGCCCCGACGACGACCCCGCCGCGCAGAUCUCGCGCCGCGCCGCCGACGCUGGCUGGUGGCUCGGCGAGAUCGAGCGCGAGCGGGUGCGCCUCGUGCGGGACUGGGUCCAGAUGGCCGCCCGCGACCCUCCUGCUGACCACGCGCGCCUCCGGAUCCGCGGACGCCAGGCGCGCCUCGAGCUCGUCAUGCGCAUGGCCGCCGACCGCCACGCCGAGCUCCAGCGCCUCUCCCAGCAGCGUGCCGUCUCCGACUUCCCCCACCGCAAUCGAAUCCACGCGCUGCUCCGGGGGAGGUUUCUGCGGAAUGGUGGUUUGCCGGAGGAAGAGAGAAAGCUGCCAUCGGUGGCUGCAAGGGAGCUCGGGCAGCUGCGACAGCGGCAUCCCGUCUCGGGUUUGAGAGAAGAGUUCCACUUCAGAUUGGAGAAUCUCGUACGAGGUCAAGCAGCGAGCCAGUCCGAUGCUUCUUCAUCUCAAAAUGUUGAGCUCUCCACAAAUGAUCAUUCUGAAUCAAGCCGUGCUACUUCUGAAGAUGCUCAGGACACACAUCAACAAGCAAACGAGAAUAUUGAUCUUGAGCGGAUUGGAGGUGCAGCAACAGCAUCACAAUAUGGAAGUAAUGCUCCUAGUAUUGCUGAAGGCUUGUCCGAACCUCAUAGUCAGGAGGACAGCUGGCAGGAAGAUUUGGAGGUGGAUAGAAGAGAUUGGGAACAAUUUUCUCAUGCUAUUACUGGAGAAGAAUCUGAAAGAAUUUGGCAUGAAAAUAUAGACGCAAGUUCAUCUGAUGAGAGGACGGAGGUUGGAGAUCAUCAAGAUGCAUAUCUUCCGGAAGAAAGUGAUGAGUCAACUAGCGAUAAUAAUCUUCCUGAAGUACAUGAAGAGCAGCAUGAAAAUAACCAUCUUCCUGAAGUGCUUGAAGAGUUGCAUAACAAUAAUCAUCUUCAAGAAUCACAUGGACAGUGGCAUGAGGACAAUGAUCCUACAGAAGUACAUGAAGAGUGGCAGAGUGAUCAUGAUUUCCCAGAAGUAAAUGAAGUGUGGCGUGAUGAUGAUGAUGAAGAAUCCAGUGGCACUGCCCAUAAUUGGCAUGAUGAUAAUUCAGAGCAACCAGUUGACCAGGAAUCUGUGCUUAUUAGAAGAGCUAAUACAUUUACCCCUGGUGAUGAUGAUCAUGUGUACAGCACAGAACUAAGGGAGCUUCUAAGCAGAAGGAGUGUUUCUAAUCUUCUAGACAGUGCUUUCCGUGAAAACUUAGACCGACUUAUCCGAUCAUACGUUGAACGGCAAGGUCGUGGUCCUCUGUCUUUGAGUCUGGAAGCAACACCCGCGGCCCCUGACCCACCGGAGCAACGUCAGGAGCAGCAUAGAGACGACGAGGAACAGGAACUUCAUGAUACUGAUGACAGUCCUCCUAUAGUGAUACCACCUCCACCUAUACCUCCUCGUCAACCACUUUGGCAUUCAGAGUUGCAUCGUAACAACUGGAUCAGACAGAACAUGCAUCGUUCUGAUACUGAAUGGGAGGCUAUUAAUGAUUUAAGGGCUGAUAUGGCUAGACUUCAGCAAGGCAUGGGUCAUAUGCAAAGGAUGUUGGAAGCUUGCAUGGAUAUGCAGCUAGAGUUACAGCGUUCUGUAAGGCAGGAAGUUUCCGCAGCCUUGAAUCGCUUCAUUGGAGAACGAGGGGAAUAUAAAGAAACUAUAGAUGAUGGAUCGAAAUGGAUGCAUGUGAGGAAAGGGACUUGCUGCGUAUGCUGUGAUACUCCAAUUGACUCUCUUUUGUACAGAUGUGGGCACAUGUGCACAUGCUCGAAAUGUGCGAAUGAGUUGGUUCGAAGCGGAGGGAAGUGUCCACUGUGCCGUGCACCCAUAAUUGAGGUGAUCCGAGCUUACUUCAUCAUGUCCAGUGAUAGUGAGGUCAGCGUGUGGGAUUCCGAAGAUUUACACAGUCAUGCACAGUGUCUUGAGGUGGAGGAGUUGGCUGCAAUGUCAGUCAAUCCUAGUCUUCUUCCCACUCUCAAUGAUUUACUUCUCAAGGUGUAUACUGUGCUGCGUCCAAAGGCAGUUGACUAUGAACAACGAAAUACCUUGGUUGAUGUCUUCAACGAGAUGACUAAUAAAAUCUUUGGUAACAACAACGGGUUUCCAGUUGUGCAAGCAUUUGGAUCAUUCACAAUGGAUUUAUUUACUCCUCGAAGUGACCUGGAUCUCUCUGUCAACUUCAGUGCUGAGACCGAGGAUCAGUGUGCUCGCAAGAAAAAGAUUUCCGUCAUUAGGAAAUUUGCCAAAGUUCUAUAUUCUCUUCAAAGGAAUGGAGUUUACUGUGGAGUUUUACCUGUCUUGAGUGCUAGGGUGCCUAUUAUAAAUGUUAUUGAUCGAGGAACUGGCAUAGAGUGUGAUAUUUCGAUUGAAAAUAAAGAUGGCAUGACAAGAUCGAUGGUCUUUAAAUUUAUUUCUUCACUUGAUGAAAGGUUUCAGAUACUAAGUUACCUGAUGAAGAUCUGGGCUAAGAUACAUGAUGUGAAUAGCCCGAGUAAACAGACGAUGAGCUCGAUGUCAAUCAUUUCCUUAGUUGCUUUCCAUUUGCAGACCCGGCAUCCUCCAAUAUUGCCUGCAUUCUCUGCCUUACUAAAAGAUGGUUCAGAUUUUAAAAGUGUUGAGAAGAACAUCUUCCUGUUAAAGGGGUUUGGGAGCACAAAUAAAGAAUCUGUAGCUGAACUGUUUGUAUCAUUAAUAAGUAAACUACUAUCAGUGGAGAGUUUAUGGGAGCAUGGGCUAUGCGCAAGCAAUUUUGAAGCAUCAUGGAUCUCUAAGACCUGGAAAAAAGGAGUUGGUAAUUUGAGUGUUGAAGAUUUCUUGGACCGGUCGCAGAAUUUUGCCAGGGCAGUAGGGAAGGCUGAGAAGCAGAAGAUUUGCAACUGUCUUAGGCAUUGUGCUUCAAACCUGUCAGAUUUCAUGAGGGGCAACAUCGACGUGUCGAAGCUGAAGACCCGUUUGUUUGGGCAGCUUAACCCAGAUAAUUUGGUCAGCAAACCUCGUUUAAAACGUGGCAAGAGGAAACAGAACUCCAGACUGAGCCCAGAAAGUGGAUAUGGGCUCCAAAAGAAAAGAAAGCAUGAUGCACGUUACGAGGAACCAUCACACCAAGCUAAUGCUACAACCAGUACAGCUCCAGCCACAGCUAUGCCUCCCAUUCUGCAUCAGCGUCCCACCCAGUCUAGUGGUGCUCAAUCUGUGCACGAGCCACGGUGGCCUUUUGUCAUCGUGCCUUCUGGAUUUGGAUAUGGGUUAUCCGUCCGAUUGCCUGGCCGGGGAUUAUUGGGCCGAGCCCCGGGUAAUUUGAUUCGAUCAGAUAAUGGAAUACCGCUACCGAAGCAAAGUCCACUCCUUCCAACACCAUGCCAAGAAACAUUUGCUGCUAAUGGACCUGGGCAGCUCUAGCCUCCAGGCUCCAGAGUCCAGCAUAAUGAGAAGAGGAUGGUGCCUUCAGAUUCCAGGAGAUAACAACUGCGGCUUAGAAUAUAUGAAGCUAGCCAGGUUCCGGAAGAUGAAAGAGUCAUGUGGUUUUGUUUGUUUGGAAGAGGAAAAACGGAAGGCUGUGAUAACCUAGGUUGUAGACUUUGUGCAGUUAUUGUCAGUAUUAUAUUAUGCAAGUUUGCAUUGUAAUGCUUGCAUUUUAUUUGCUGCAGGGAUUUUAGAUAAAAUCUUUUACAAGAGCAACCUUAGCUGCCUCAAGACUUUCUUGCAAAAACUUGUUUUUAUAUUUUAUUUUUGGUGA